GCCAUGUCGGCUGCGCCCGGCCUCCUGCACCAGGAGCUGUCCUGCCCGCUGUGCCUGCAGCUGUUCGACGCUCCCGUGACAGCCGAGUGCGGCCACAGUUUCUGCCGCGCCUGCCUGGGCCGCGUGGCCGGGGAGCCGGCGGCGGAUGGCACCGUUCUCUGCCCCUGCUGUCAGGCCCCCACGCGGCCGCAGGCACUCAGCACCAACCUGCAGCUGGCGCGCCUGGUGGAGGGGCUGGCCCAGGUGCCGCAGGGCCACUGCGAGGAGCACCUGGACCCGCUGAGCAUCUACUGCGAGCAGGACCGCGCGCUGGUGUGCGGAGUGUGCGCUUCACUCGGCUCCCACCGCGGUCAUCGCCUCCUGCCCGCCGCCGAGGCCCACGCACGCCUCAAGACACAGCUGCCACAGCAGAAACUGCAGCUGCAGGAGGCAUGCAUGCGCAAGGAGAAGAGUGUGGCUGUGCUGGAGCAUCAGCUGGUGGAGGUGGAGGAGACAGUGCGUCAGUUUCGGGGGGCCGUGGGGGAGCAGCUGGGCAAGAUGCGGGUGUUCCUGGCUGCACUGGAGGGCUCCUUGGACCGCGAGGCAGAGCGUGUGCGGGGUGAGGCAGGGGUCGCCUUGCGCCGGGAGCUGGGGAGCCUGAACUCUUACCUGGAGCAGCUGCGGCAGAUGGAGAAGGUGCUGGAGGAGGUGGCGGACAAGCCGCAGACUGAGUUCCUCAUGAAAUACUGCCUGGUGACCAGCAGGCUGCAGAAGAUCCUGGCAGAGUCUCCCCCACCCGCCCGUCUGGACAUCCAGCUGCCAAUUAUCUCAGAUGACUUCAAAUUCCAGGUGUGGAGGAAGAUGUUCCGGGCUCUGAUGCCAGCGCUGGAGGAGCUGACCUUUGACCCGAGCUCUGCGCACCCGAGCCUGGUGGUGUCUUCCUCUGGCCGCCGCGUGGAGUGCUCCGAGCAGAAGGCGCCGCCGGCCGGGGAGGACCCGCGCCAGUUCGACAAGGCGGUGGCGGUGGUGGCGCACCAGCAGCUCUCUGAGGGCGAGCACUACUGGGAGGUGGAGGUUGGCGACAAGCCGCGCUGGGCGCUGGGCGUGAUCGCGGCCGAGGCCCCCCGCCGCGGGCGCCUGCACGCGGUGCCCUCGCAGGGCCUGUGGCUGCUGGGGCUGCGCGAGGGCAAGAUCCUGGAGGCGCACGUUGAGGCCAAGGAGCCGCGCGCUCUGCGCAGCCCCGAGAGGCGGCCCACGCGCAUUGGCCUUUACCUGAGCUUCGGCGACGGCGUCCUCUCCUUCUACGAUGCCAGCGACGCCGACGCGCUCGUGCCGCUUUUUGCCUUCCACGAGCGCCUGCCCCGGCCCGUGUACCCCUUCUUCGACGUGUGCUGGCACGACAAGGGCAAGAAUGCCCAGCCGCUGCUGCUCGUGGGUCCCGAAGGCGCCGAGGCCUGAGUCGCCGGACGGGUCGGGGAGGGGCGCAGGGGCCUGUGUUGAAGCUUAGGUCUCCUUGGUCGGGUCUGACAGGAGAAGGGUGGGGAGCGGGUUGCCAGGGCCCAGGGGGCUGGGAACUGGGGGAUCGCCCAGAAUACUGA